UUGAGGUCUCUGCCGGUGCGCAAACAAAAGUGACAAUAGCAUCAUUGCAGUCGAUCAUCGCUUGUGUAUGUAUAUUCAAAGCAGCAGAUAAACACUGGUUACUUGGUUAGUAAAGACAUGUGACUGGCAUAGGUGCAGCUGAUAAAGCGUGUGAAGCCGUCGGGCAUUAUUUUCCUAUAUUCGUGUGUGCACUAACUGUGGUGACAUGAUUAACAGGAUACCAAAAGGUUCGUCGGACAUCGACAUAAUUAGGACAGUAUUUAUGUACUGUUUCGGCGUGAUGAUAUUACCCGUGGCGACAUUUUUUGGUGUUAAGUAUGUGAUUUUUAACGGUAUCCUGUCUGAUGACUCUAUCAAGGCUAAUGUGUAUUCAGCGAUAACUGCAGUAAUAGUACUGCACAUUUCAUUGGUGUUUUUCAUAAUUAAAGCGUAUUCAGAGACUGAACCUCCUAAGCCUGUUACCAAACGGGAUUAA